ACGUCACGUCGUCUACGCAAACGCAACAGUAUAAGAGAAAAGCAUCAUCACACACGUCGAUAGCGCUUUGGGGGGAACAAAAGUCGACUGUGUAAGCUAGGGGCGAAACUAAAGUCGGGAAGGCGUUCGUGACAAACACGCCGCACACUCUUGUCGCCAGCCGAGUCAGACUCGCUGUGAAACGUGCGAAACAAGGCCGUGUAUCAAACCGGCGUGCUAAGCUAAUGCGGCCAACGCGCUAACCCCCCUUCGGCUGCGAGUCACUCAACGCCUCCAAUUAGUCGCUAGGCGGAAUGGCUUUCCGUAGGAGCUGGUUCAGUUGGGACAGGUACAGCGAGGUGGACCUCUUCACCGACCGCUUGGACCAGAACAGCCUCUCCCAAGCCAUCCGGGCCGCCUCCUCCGAUGAGUCGGACGCCGACGGCAACGUGCUGUUUGGCCAGAUGCAGGGCACCGUAGUGGGACUCAAAUAUUACACCGGGGUGGUGAACCAAGGUGAAAUGGUUGGCCUGGAGCGUGAGCCGGAAAACUUUUUUGACCACAACGCCAUCGUAGUGACCAACAUCUACGGCAGCCAAGUUGGCCACAUCAAGAAGGAGCUGGCCCAAGCCAUGGCCCACAUCAUGGACAACAAGUUGACAAGAGUAGAAGGGGUGGUGAACUCUGGGACAAAGAACAAAUACUCCAUGCCAGUGAUUUUGUCCUUCUGGGGGAAGGAGGAGAACAAGAGCGCCGUCGUUCAACGUUUGGCACGCUAUGGCUACAAACUCAACACAGGUGCAAAUCAGAAGUUGAGUAGCUCAGGAGCCGGGACGGGAUUGAAUAAAAAAGGCAUGACAAUCCUUCUUACGGCAGAGGAGUUGAAGAACGCCUUUGACAACCUCUUUGAAGGACUGACGGAGAGUAAAGAAUUUGAAAAAGCACCUGAGUAUUUGGCCACCCCCCUAAUGCCCCACCAACGGCAAGCGCUGUCAUGGAUGUGCGCCCGCGAGAACAAAUGUGUGCUGCCGCCCUUUUGGGAGAAGCGGGGCAAUAUGUACUACAACACCCUGACCCGCUUCUCAGCCAAGGAAAUACCCGAGAGAGUCCUCGGCGGGAUACUGGCAGACGACAUGGGACUGGGCAAGACACUGACAACUAUUGCGCUGAUCCUCACCAACUAUCACGAGGGAAAGCCCCUCCCCGUGUACAACCGUGUGCAGCAGGAUCCCUCUUCGCCUGCAAAAGAUGGAGCCGGACCGAGUGACGUGGUGGCUCACGGUCUACGCUCAAGCCCGGCCCACCAGGAGCAAUCUUGUGUUUUCUUAUCACAUGUAAAGGAAGCAGCAAAGCUGUCAGAGAAAGGCAAAAGAACGACAAAAGCCACCAAGCGGAAAUACGAGGACCCACUGUUGCUGGAGGACGCGGACUUUGCCGCUGCGCUGUGCAGAGGCCCGGCGUCGCCGCCGAAUUCCUUCAAGAAAAAAAAGAAGAAAAGGACCCUGGCCAUCGCAGACAACUCUGGUGAAACUGUAUCGGCUGGGGCAACCCUCAUCGUGUGCCCGCUGUCCGUGCUCAGCAAUUGGCUGGACCAGUUUGAGGAGCACGUGCGAGCCGACGUCAAGCUCAAAGUGUACAUGUACCACGGGCCCAACCGCAACAGAAGCACCAAGUUCCUCUCGUCUCAGGACGUGGUGCUCACCACCUACAACGUGCUCGCCGCAGACUUCGCCAAUCAGAACAGGGGUGGCCUUCAUGACCUCAACAGUCCCCUGCACGGCAUCAACUGGUUGAGGGUGGUGCUGGACGAGGGCCACGUGGUGCGCAACCCCAACACGCAGAUGAGCAGGGCCGUUCUGGACCUUAAAGCCAAGCGACGUUGGAUUCUGUCUGCUGUUCUUUGCCGAGUAUUCUAUGACUUGCUAGACAGACCACUGCAAUCUGGAUUAGUCCACCGCGCCGGAGGGACGCCCAUCCAGAACAGCGUGAAGGACCUGUGGAUGCUGCUGGCCUUCCUGCGCAUCAAGCCGUUUGACGUCAGGGAGUGGUGGAAUCGAGUCAUCCAGAGGCCCGUCACGCAAGGAGACCGAGACGGCUUGCAGAACCUGCAGACGCUGAUCAAGUGCAUCACACUGCGGCGGACCAAGAACAGCCAAGUGGACGGUUGCCCACUGGUCACGUUGCCCGAGAAGAGCGUGUACGUGGAGCAGGUGGAGCUCAGCGCCGCCGAGCGCGAGGAGUACGAUGUGGCGCUCAAUGAGGGAAGACACACUGUCGGCAGAUAUGUCGCUGAAGGCAGCGUUUUGAGGAAUUACGCAGACGUGCUGGCCAUCCUGAUGAGGCUGCGACAGCACUGCUGCCAUCCUGACCUGCUAACAAACACCGCCGCAGAUGCAGGCUUGGCGUCCACGCCGGCCGAGCUUCGCGAGCGGCUGAUCGAGAAGCUGCGCGUGGUGCUGGCCAGCGGCUCGGACGAGGAGUGCUCCGUUUGUCUGGACUCCGUGCGCCUGCCCGUCAUCACGCACUGCGCCCACGUCUACUGCCGCCCUUGCAUCGCGCAGGUCAUCGGCACAGAGCAGGAGAGUGCCCGCUGCCCUCUGUGUCGGAGUGACAUCAAGAUCAACGAGCUGGUGGAGUUCCCGCAGGAGGAGAUGGCCGAAGAGUGCGGAGAAAGAAUUCCCGGCAAGUUGAGGACCAGCUCCAAGAUCCAAGCGCUAAUGGGCAACCUACUUCGACUGCGACGUGAAGACAGCGCCAUCAAAAGUUUGGUAGUCUCGCAAUUCACUCGCUUCCUCACCAUCCUGGAGACGCCGCUCAGGGAGCACGGCUUCAGCUUUGUGCGCCUGGACGGAAGCAUGAGUCAAAAGAAGCGAACCCAGGUGAUCCAAGAAUUCCAGAGCCUGAGCCCCGACAGCCCCACCAUCUUGCUACUCUCGCUCAAAGCCGGCGGGGUGGGACUCAACCUCACCGCCGCCUCCCAUGUCUUCCUUAUGGACCCAGCAUGGAACCCAGCUACGGAAGAGCAAUGCAUUGACCGCUGCCACCGUUUGGGCCAGAAGAGAAAAGUUUUUGUCACCAAGUUCAUCGUGAAAGAUUCUGUGGAGGAGAACAUGGUUAAGAUCCAGAAGCAGAAGCAAGACUUGGUGCAGGCAGCAUUCGCAUCGACGGACGCCGACCGCAAGACGUCGCGCAUUAACGACAUCAAGGCGCUGAUGGAGUUGUAGAAAUUGGACAAGAGCGCCCCCCUCUGUCUUUCGUUUGUUUCCUACGCUAGCAUUUUUAAAGUUAAAUCUACUAGUCGCUAUUUUAGGAUCAAGAUGCUCCUCACUCUGAGUUUGCUUAUGGGCGAGGAAACCAAUUGUCAAAAACAAAAGGAAGCACAAAUGCUCCAAAUAUUAUCGUAAAAUUUUGUUUUACUGUACUUGAUAUAAAAGUUCCCAGGCAGCACAUCCGCUGCACAGAUUUCAAGCAUCAAUGUACUUGACAGAUAGCGCCAGGGCACUCAAGAAAAUAUCUUCAAAUAAAAAAAACCAGUAAAAACAAACAAGAAUAUCAUCUUACUGAACUGAAAGUCAGGAGCCAUAAGCUCCAGCUCCCCCAA